AUCAGGCGUGCCUACUUAUUAACGGUAAUGUGUUGUUGGCAGUUGCUAGGCUCCGUGGAUAACGGAAAAUGAUCCGGUUGUCUUUGCGACAGCUGCGCCAACAUGAAACACCUUUUGGAAAGGUGUCAAAGUUGGAAAACUGUCUGUUUCCACUUUCAAAUACAUUUUACAAAGCAGAGCUAGCUAGCUGUAACUGUCGCCAAGGCUGCUGUAUCUCUGUACAGUAUUUUGACACUUGAGUACUACGCAUCCCAGAAUGCAAACGUCUUUACAGUUUACGUCCAGCGGUCACGUUCACCAAUAGCUUGAGCGGUCACUGUACCAAACUCAGAAAUGGUGUCAGUCGUUCACCUAUAAUUCCCUUAUUUCUUUUACUCUGUGGUUACUUUUCAUUUCUGUAACGAUGCCGGGGAUGUGCUCAGUGCCGGGCUGUAAGGGCUACAAGAAGGCCAGGUCCCGGGGAGUCGUCUUCCACUCACUGCCCACCAGAGACCCGGAGCGAUGCAGAAAGUGGUUAAAGGCCAUACAGAGCCCCAAAUUUGACGAAAACACACCAGUGAGUAAAUACGGCAAUAUACGAGUCUGCAGCCAACAUUUUAAACCGGAAGACUACGAGCCGGACAUACAGGCGGAACUCAUGAAAACAACGCCCCGAAAAAUCCUCAGGUCCAACGUCAUUCCGACUGUAUUCUCUGGAAGACAGCAAGAGGACCUCUGCACAUACCUGCCAGCUGAUGACAGGAGCCCAACACAGGUUAAGGUUCCCAGUACAGCUGCUCAAGACUCUACAUCAGUGGUUUCAGGUUGCAGUGUGAACAGUAUGUUGCGAUGGGCCUCUGUGUCAGCUUCAGGUCCAAUAACAUCUUCACAAACUUCUUCCUUGGGUGUUCAAAGUACUGUUGUGGAUACUGCAUCACCUUCUCCCUCCCUGCCAAUUCUUAUUGCCUCAGGAGCACCAAGCACCUCAUCCCAGCCCCCUUCCCCAGCUGAACUCAGUGAAAGCUCGUGCAGUGUGGCAUCUGCAGGUCGUCUGAAUGAGAGCUUCCACAAAGAGGCCGAGUUAAGCUCGACAGCGCCAUCACAAUCAGGCAGAAGCACAGAAAAAGACUUGAGUCAAUCAAAGACUAUUGUAAACGACUGCUGUUUGAUGGAGCUGUUUAAGAAAUGUCAGAUGUGUGGACAGCCCAUAACCAAAAAGAAGGUGUCUCACUGCGGGGCACAGAAGAAGGUGAAGUGGAGCUGCCUCGGCGGACACAGGGGCAUAUGGAUGUCAUCACCUCACCUUAGGGAGGCAUUUCCCGAAAUCCAUCUCCUAACAACUCUUUCUGUUCUUUUUUCUGGAGCCACUUUUACACACUUUAAAAAAUGGGCCAAACACCUACACCUGAAUUUUAUGGGACAUAAAACCUUUUUUGAAAUCCAAAAGGCAUACCUCAACCCAGAAAUGAAGGAGAUGAACAGGACUGAGCAGGAAGGGAUCUUUGUGAAGGACAUACACCAACAGCCUGAAGGCACUCUUCCUCACAUCUCAGAUCCUCUGAAGAAAAUAAAGGCCAAGUCGAGGAGAAGAGAGAAGGGAGCUCUGUCAUCAAGGUCAAGUUAUGAGAUGAGAUCAUCGACACUGAUGAAUUCUACCGGAACAUCAACGCAAGUGCCAACUUCACUGUCAAGACUUGUACAUCUAUCGGCCUCUGAAAGAGGUAAACGGCACCAGCAAGAGGAUGUUGAACAUCAGAAUGAAAUCAGACAUUUGGCGUCAGAGGUAGACGGGCUCCAGGACAGUUUUGAGGAGAUGGAGGUCACCAUCGACGACGAUGAAUGCAAUAGUGUGAAGAACAGACUAUCUGACUUUGACAGUGAUAUGGAAAACGUUGUCGACAGAACUGAGCUGAGUGCUCCAGGAGCUGACAACAGCUGUGAUGAAGACAUCUACGUACCAAUAAUUCCUCAGAGUUACAAAACAUCUGAACUUAAACUGGAGUGUGAAGAAGAGGAGCUGGAGCCAUGGCAGAAACACACUUUACAUGUUCGCUUGAAAGAAGAGCAUGAUGUUGGAGAGUUGAAUGAUAACCAAACAGAUUGUAAACCAGAUCCUUCAUCUCUUCAGAGCUGGGCAGCUGGUCAGCACACUCUGACACCUGAGACCUGUGGUGUUGUCCACACUUCUGAGGGACAUCAAAUCAGCAACAACCCUGUGUCCUUAACCAGUGUCCAGAGUCCUGAAGUAUAUGCAACAUCAUCUAACAAACUGCAGUCAGACCAGUCCAACUCACAGACCCUCUCUGUACCUUUUCCUCCACUGUGCCUUACUGCGAUUAAACUUGAACCAACUGAAACAUGAAACAAUAAAUAAUGAACUUUAAUAUACCAACAGUAAUAAUUGGUAAUUCACACGUUAUAAUUACACACAAUUUGUUGUCGAACCUAAAUGUGUCAUAUCUAAUAUUCCAAUCCAGUAUGUUAUUCAAAACUAAUGGCACGUUAUGUAUAACAUGCAGAUUAUUUGCACUCUGUUGGCUCCUCCGACAUGACGACAGUCUGGGGAACCCUGCACACAACACCUGUUACCUCAUUCACCGAGUACACAUAAAAAAACUCCAUUUAGUUAAAUCUUUUAUUGUAAUAUAAUGUACAGUGAAAUAAAUUCUUUAAUCCUGUUUCGAGUGCUUCACUCGAGUGUUUCGAGUCAGUGAAUAAAUGCUGCUCACAUGUG